AUGGAGGACUAUCGUCAGCGUCACCGCGAGGCGUACGAGCGUCGCGUAGCUGAACAGAAGGCACGCGAAGAGAGAGAGAGGCUCGCAGCCGCCCAGCAAAAUGGAACGGGCGACGGAGCUGCGCAGCCCUCGGCCUCUUCGCCUGAAAAAGCCCCCCAGAGCGGCCCCGCCGCUUCCGUCUCGGACCUGUCUAGCGCUCGCGCGCCUGCGGGCGUCGCCGCCGCGUCUUCCUCGGCCUUGUCGUGCGCCGGCGCGUCGCCCGCUUCUCUCUCCGCCGCCUCCUCGGCGCGUGCGGGGGAUCGGGAUGCAGCUGCUCUGGCCGCUGAGGCGGCUUCUCUGGAAGAGGCGCGCCGGCUGCAACGCGAGUUCGAGGCCGAGAUGGAGGGGAUUCGCCCGCCAGACGACACGUACCAGGAGACGCUCAUUUCCGAGGAGGUUCCGCCCGCGACUCUCGCCUGGUGGGACACCGCAGGCGCCUUGCCGGUGGGGGUCGCGCACGGCUCGAGAAGCCCGAGUCGGAGCGGCCAGCCGGCGGAGCCCCGCGACCGAGUCGCCAGCGCGGUCACGCCUCCGCAGGCAGAGGGUGAGGAAGACGACGCCGCUCUCGCCCGGCGUCUCCAGGAAGAAGAAUACAACCGACACCGAGGGGUGUCUCCAGUUCAAGUGGGGCGAUCUGUGGCCGAAUCCCCUUCUCGUCCGCUGUAUGCGCAGACUCCACCGCGAUAUGUGGCGACGCGUGCCCACGAGUCUCCGUCGGCGCCUCACGUUUCUCCCGCGUUUCGCACAUGUGCGGGCUCUCCAGAGCGCUGCGUCAUCGACGUAGACAGAGACAGCAACAGCGACGUGCAGGUGUCUUCUCGUCCGACUUCGCCCUCGCCAGCUUCGCCUUCGCACGGCCGCCCCGGAAGCACACCCAGCGGCGCAGCGUCGCCGUGGGCUGUCCAGGGCACCUGGCCAGCCACUCGGGAAGGGCGAACAGUCCCGGGUCGCGGCUCUCCAGGAAGUGCAGUGACGCCUUAUCCUGCGCGGUCUCAAGAGGCGGAGGUCUUCGCCGCGGCUGGAAUCGAUCUCGAUUCCGACGAGGCUAUCCUGCAAGCUGCGAUCGCGCAGAGUCUCGUGGACAUGUAG